GUCACAGAGAAUUAUCUCCUGCGUUUGCAGUUUCCCUCGGUUUUUCAUUCAAAUGAACUGUUUUGGGUCACCCUCAUUGAGGGAUGGUGAUCAUGGCUCAAAAUGUUGUUUUUUUUUUUUCUUUUUUCAUUUUGAUUUAUAUCAGUAAUUAUUUAUAUAUGUGUUUAAUAUCAUUAAUGACCAUUAAAAUCUGAAAUGUAGCAGCAGCACACAGUAAAGUAAGUAGAGUACGAGAAACUCAAAAAACUCAUAAAUGUACUUUUGUCACUUUCCACUUAAUUCAUAUAUGCAGUUAUAGCUUAAUGAAAAAAAGAUGAAUUCAGCAAAAAUAUCAGUUGAACAAGUCAAAAUGUUCAGUUAAUCAGGCAUAAAAGUAAUAAGACUAAUAAAAGAAAACAGUGAUAUGGUGGCAUCCGUGAGUAUCAGAAAUUGAUUAAACUACCUAUUACCAAAUAACUUUUACCAUUUAAAUGAUUUCCAAGAAAGCAGGCCAUGUCUGACAAGUGAACGACUCAGAAAGAAAUAUUAGGAAAUAUCAAGUUAACAGAUAAAUGCUUUGUAAUGUGGAGAUGAGGGUUGUUACUGUGUUUCCUGUCAUUACAUCCAUUGUUUUUCACAAACUGCAGGAGAAACUGGAUUAUCUGUUUGUGUCAGUCUUCUGCCUUUGUGUUGGGAUUAGGGACGUUGCUACAAAGCAUCUGCACACAAUGCUUUCAUCGCUGUGUAAAUUACACAUUUUGUAGUGACAUCACAGGCUUAUCUCACUAUUGUGUAAACAUGUGUUUCCUUAUUUAUCCGUCUUGGAUCCUUUGUAUUGUUGAGAUAUAAAUGUUUUCCAAAUAACUUUUUUUUUUUCCUUUUCAGCUUGGACUUGACAUUAACUCAUGAUCUGUAAUAUGCCAUGAGCAGCAAAAAGUAGUGAAGUUUGAGGUAGUUUUACUUUGAGUCUUCUCAUGGUACUUGAUAUGAUAAUUUUACUCACAUAGGAAUAUUGUACUUUUUACUCCACUACAUUUAUUUGACAGUAACUUUAGUUACUUUACAGAAUUGUGCACACAAAAUUAUGAAAAACAUAUAAAAUGUGAGGCUUUGUCAUAAUUAAACUGCCUGACAGUAAAUACAGUUACAGCCGAAACUGAUAGGUAAUUAUUGAUAAGAAAAUUCACUGGUAUCAGUCAUUUUAAUGCAAAGAUGCCAAACAUUUCAUCAUUCUAGCUUCUCAAAUGUGAGAAAUUUAAUAAGAGUAUUGGUUGGACAAACCAAAACAUUCUGAAGACGUCACUUGACAUGGUACUUCUCACUCUUUCCAGAGUUUUGCAAAGCAAACAAACGUGUAAUCACAUUACUGAAUGAUAAAAUCUCACAUUUUACUUGGAGGAGAUGCACAAGCACUCAUGGCAGAAUAAACUUUGCUGAUGUUUUGGAUUGAGACUGUAAAUGUCAUUUAGGUCAUUAGAUUACUUUCAGUAUGCUUAAAGAAAAAACUGAAAAAAGUCCUGAACCAUGUUUUUUUUUUUUUUUUUUUUUUUGCUGGGCCUGGGAGGCACGUGAUGGCAGAGAUGAUGUUCUUGGUUUGGUUGUUUUGUUGCCUUAGCUGCUUAGCGCUCUGAUUGUAGCAUUUGUGUGUGUGUGUGUGUGUGUGUGUGUGUGUGCACAUGAAGGGAAAACGAUAAGAAUAACACGAGUCCUGUCGCUGCUAAUCCCAGCCAGCCAGUGCUGUAAUCUGGUGAGAGGGGGGAUUUCUCUGUCCGGCAGAUUGACCAUGAGGAUGUUAUUGAGAGGGAUGAGGGGCCAGAGGGUGAUUUCUCCCACUGUUGGGUGGGAAGAGAGGGGGAUGGGGAAAGGUUUUUUUAUUAUUUAUUUGGUGCCUGAUGAGCAGGGCAGAGGGGCAGUGCUCAUCGAGCAUUGUGGGAACAGUGAUGGUGCCGACUCAGCUCAGAGCCUCAUCCGAUGUCUCUGUGUUUCUCAGGGAAACAAAGCUCAUCAAAGUUGAUGCUGCUGUGAUAUUAGAACAGUUUGAUAGAAAACAGUCAUUUAUUGCUGUGAAUGAAGUCCUCUGAGCGUAUUACUUCUACAGCAGAAGAUAGUUGUAAGUAUGGCUGGUAGCAUGGCUGAAAUGGAAGGGGUACUUUAAGCAGUGUAAAUGGAGUGUUAACCCAAAACUCUAAUAUGAAGAUAGUGUUGAUAAUAUGUUUCCCUUUAAUGUGGCCUGCUCAGGAGUAACUCAAUAACUGUUGAGGGGAGUGUGUGUCUCAUUAUUUGCAGACAACCAGGAAUUCAAACAGGCAACUGUCCAGUCCUGAGUCUGACGCUCAAGCCUCCAAGCUACUGCUUCACUGGACUGGUUUCCAGAGUAGAAAAGACAGACCAGCUGUCUGCCAAACGGGCUACAAAAACAGACCAAUUUGCAUUUUGCUGAUGCUUCCUACUGCAAAUAUCUGACAGGAGUGGGGAAGAAGAGGUCGAGUGUUUUCACACAAGGGCAUUUUUACUUGACACGUGGGCUCCAACAGUUGACCUUUCAUUUACAAGACGGUCCGUCUCCGCUGCCUGCCAUGAUACUGCUGAUGUCUGAUCUGUCCAUAUUUUAGGCAUGUGUGGAUCUCUCAUUCUUUGAAGUCUGGCUGUCUUUCUCUCAUGCUCAAGUGAUGUGUACGAGGCUGACGGCUGAGACAAACAUAACUGACAAGUGUCUGCUGAAGUUUGCUCUCGUGUCAGUGUUUGCUCAGUAAAGCAAGCAAUGAGAUGAAGGCUGGAUGUAAAAUUAGUCUUCUUCCAUCAGCUGGUGUCACAUUUGAGAGGUGGAAAGAGCUAAUGAAUAUAUGAUUAUUAUUAUUGAAAUACUGUUGAGUCAUUAACUAUCACUCAGAGGGAGAGAGUGGGAAUGAGAGAGGCACAAUUCUUUCUAUAACAAGUUUUAUAAACUAAUUAUAUGAUUUAUGAAUUCAAUCUUGAACUGAAAAGUAACUUCAGAUAAAUGUCAGUCAGAUAAAUGUGACGGAGUAAAGCACUUGAGUAAAUGGACUUAAAGUUACAUACCACCACUGACGACAUUCAGCUAAAAUAAAUCCUGGAAAAAAAAAUCCCUUGUGUCUUGACCCACAGCUUGACUUUCAAAUAUCACUGAGAGAUUCUCCAAAAUAAUGUACAAACACAUGGGAAUGAAAACACACUCUCAGAUGAAAUCAACAUUUACAUGCCCUUAAAUGGCAAAAAGAUUGUGCUUACUUUGAUUUACGUUUUGUUCUGAUUUACAGUAGCAUUGACGUAGCAUUUGCUGUGAUCCAGGGCAAGUUUACUGUUCCACGACUCAGUAAUGGUGUUAUUACUGUGGGUGCUUUACAGAUAAAAACACUUGGUAUGUUUUAGGGUGCAGCCAAAAAUAUUUUGCACAUUCGCCCUCAAUGUGUGACCAUGAGUAGCUGGCAUUCAGCAGUCAGGAGAUGAUCAUUACUUGAGCUCUGAACUUUGUGCUUGUUUGCUGCCACACUUUGCAUCUUUGUGUUGAUGUGAGAGCCAGUAAACAACUGAAGCUAUAUUUUCUCACUUGGCUUGGUCACUGCUCAUCCCCCCAUCCAUCCUUUGACUCCUUAAUUAUGCAGCUCCCCUGCUGGUGCAGAGUGUAAAUAAAUGAACAAAGGAAAGCUGCAGUGGUUUUUAAGAAAUUAAUUUCUUAACAUUGAUAAUCCUGGACGACACCACAUCUUUUAGUUAUUUUUUCCUUUGAGCUUCAACUUCUUCUUCAACUAAACACAUGAAGAGAAGCCUUGAUAUGUUCACACAUGUGCACACUAAGCAUGUCUGUGUAAAUGAAUACUCCUCUUCCCUAGAAUGUUUCAUAAUUAACAUGGCUGCUCCCUCCGGCCUCUCACAUCUGCACUGAAUCUGCCACUACUGAUGAGCUUUACACUUUACGGCUCAACCGUUCUCUGCGACUCUGGAUUUUAUCAGUCAAUCCCUCCACCUCUUUCAGUUUUACCUUCCUCUGACACUCCUACCUCAGAUUUCACCUUUUACUCCUCACCCUUGCACCUCAGCUUUUCAGUCCACAUUACCAGUUCAAGGAACGGAGACACCGGACAUUCAGUUAAGAAUGAAAUACAGUUACUGGAUGUGUUGUCAUAAUAGCAACACCAAACAGAAGGUUCAGACCCACAAAAACAAAAUCUGAGUGAUAGAGACUCAAUCUGAAAGCAUGACAGCAUAUUAGAGCUAUUGUAGGUUUUAAAAAUAUCACAGACCUGGGGGAGGGGGUAAUGUUCCAAGAAAAACGGAGAGAAUUUCCAAAAUUAAAGUAAUUAAUGUACAAGAACGUCUGAAAUAGAGGAAAAUUAAAAACAAAAAGACCUGAACAGACUCAGUAGGAAGCAGUAGCCUGGACUUAGACUCAUGAAUCACUGUCCAUAAUUCAUCUCUGAUUUUUUUUUAGUGAAUACAAUUAAUCUUAUGUGCUCACUUUCCUCUAAGUAGAGAAAUAAUUUACCAAUCAGAGCUGAAUCAGUGGGACUAAGAAUCAGGAUGUCAUAGUCUUAUGCAGUUAGCUGCCUGACUGUGAUAGAAAAAUGGCUUUGUUAAGGAAGACAGAAGUCAACUUAAAGACAUACCAACUCUUAAAAUGAAGAUAUUUCUCUAAGUGCCCCUACAACCACUACUGCAGCUUCCACGUCAAUUGACAAUGGACAGAUCUGUCACUCUGUUCAUUCUGUUAGGGCACAAAACGACCAAAGGAAAUGGCCUACCCUGAGCAGUAGUCAGGCUGACUGAAGCAGGUGAAACAAAAAUGUAAAUUCAGUUUGGUCCUUAGGCUUUGGCAGUGUCAUGUGUCACCUGUUAAUACGCAGCAGCAAAUCAAAGAUUAACUACAUGUCAUUUUUUCUGUGCGUCUGACUUUGCACUGUGAUUAUGACUCAUCACCUGAUCAGAGCUAAUAGCCACUUGGAUCCACUCUGGUAUAAAAUGUACUGGUGUACAUACUUGAGACCAAAAGCAAUAAAAUGGGUCUCUAGCUGGACCCACGUGGACUGAAUAUAGUUUGGACCUGACUACCCUGGGGUUUUGGGUCUUGAUUACAAGGAACCAAAAAGACCUCUUCCACCAAAUUACCACUUAUCUAAGACCUGUCAUUAUUAUGCGUCUUUAGCGACAGGUGUAAACUGGUGGGAAUUUUAACAUCUAUAAAAUGUGAUGCAUUGCAUUUAACACCAUCAAUGUUACAUUUUUCCUUCAGUUGCACUUGGAGUCAAAUAAAGUGGCAGAAGGUAGGUAGAUGAUAGAAGGUAAAUAUAGUGCGCUGUAUAGUAAAUAUGGAGUGACUGCUGGCACUUAUUUUCUUAUUUUUUGCUCCUCUAGUCAUUGCAUUCAGUGUAAAGUCAGUUUGAAAAUGUUCUGUAAAAUGUUAACACUCUGUAGGUGUAGAAAUGUAAUUCCCAGCUGAUAAAAGCUCUGUUUGUGUUUUCAUGCACACACUUUCAAUUUUCAGUGUGAAUCACUGAACGCAUCCAACUGUGUGUUUGUGUGUGUGUGCUUCUUAAAUCCUGCAGCAGCUGAAGUGCCGCAGGUGCUUGCCCUUUUGUUGGAGGAGCCUGUUGCUAUAGCGAUUGCUCCACAGUUAGAGUUGGCGAGCCCGUGGCACCCAGCGUUCUGUCUGGCAGGUAGCUGUACGAGGCCAUCAGCUCAGUAAUGACUGUAGAUGCUUUGCAGUCAUAACCCCAACACCUGCAGCGUCAUGUAGAUAAUUAGAGUUUUGUUGCUUGGAAACAGCUUGAGUCCAAGUUUGUUUCUUGUCAGCUGUUGACAAUUACAAAACCCACGGUGGGACAAAAAAAGCUGAACAUAGUUAAUGUUUAUAUUUAAACAGUGAAUACAAUUUAAAAGAAAAAAAUCUGACUGUACCUUAAUCCCAACUCAAAUAGCAGCUAAAAUGUUCUUCAGUUGUCUGAGGUCAAUCAAGGCAGCGCUUUCUGCUUUGAGAACCACUUAAUUACAUGGUAACAUAACAGACAUUUCACUUUUUAACCUACUCAGCAGUCAGGAGCUGUUGUAGCUGUGUUUGUUCUGUGUUUCAUCAUACUACUGUUUUUAUGCUGAUUCUUUUUUGGACUUGUCUCUUGGAAAUGAUUCUUAAAGAUGCUAUGUGUAGAUUUUUGCUAUUGCUACAUAGCUAACAUUAGCAUUAACAGCUGUUUACUUACUAAAAGCUUCAGCCAUGGUUAGGUUUGCCUUCUGGUCAGUACUGCUUCUUCAGCCUCUCAUGCUGAACUGAGGUCAGAGUAAAUGUGUGAACCAAGCGCACUACCAAUACAUUAUUUAAUACAAGUAUACAUGUACACUGUAUAUCACGUAUACACUACACCUGGGCAGAGCUGACACUGUGAAAUAUUGCUUCAAUAUGUUGAUAUUGCAGACCACAGUGAUUUUCAGGUUGUGUGUGGUCAUGCAUGUUUUCAUAGUUGACAUUUCACUGCUGUGUGUGCAUGCUUUUGAGGGCAUAAAUGUUGUGUGUGUGUGUGUGUGUGUGUGUGUAUAAUCAUUCUACCGUUAAUGUGCUUAUGUGCCAAUAAUCAUGUGUGUGUUGGAGGGUAUGUCAUAAAAAAUGGAGAAGGCUAAAGUAGGCCAGCGGUUCACAACACCACAGGGGCUUGUGGGGUGAAGGAGCCACACAAAGACACCUCCCUUCCUCUUUGUUUUUGUCCUCUGUUCUUCUGCCUCUGUCUUCCCUCCCCUCUGUUUCCUUUCCGCUCUCCCUUUCUCCUUUUAACCACCCUAUCCCGAAUUGCAUUGCCCUGCUUUAUUUCUAGGGUUGGCGGUGGCUCAGGAGGCAGAGAGGGGUCCUUCACUAACUGCAGGGUUGGUGGUUCGAUCCCGGGCGCCUUCUGUCUUCAUGGCUAUGUGCCCCGAACUAAGACACCAAACUUGACUCUGAAGCCUAAAUCGCAGGCAGGUAAAACAGUUACUGUUGUUUAAACAUUCACACUUUGUCCCAAACUUGAUUAGAGCUUUGUCUCACUAUCAACAACAUGGCCGACUACUUCCACUGAACAGGCAGGAAUUACAGCCUCAUAUUUGUAUUCCUCUGCCAAAGAGUCCAUUUCCAGGUAACACAUGAAUUCUUGUCUUGGCCAAAAACAUGUUUUGUGCGGUCGCAGUGACCUUGAUCUCUGACAUUUGAUCACCAAAAACUAAUCAGUCUAUCACUGAGUUGAAGUGACAGGUAAACCACAAACAUAAUGCCUCUGCCCAUGGCUGUCGCUGACAAAGAGGCAUAGAAACACAUGGAUCUGACUGAAAUGUGCAUAUAUGUGUUUUCUAUUUUCUGAUGUUUUUGCUUAUGUUUUUGAAGAGAAUACUUUACUUAUACUAAAGUGUGUUUGUUUGAUGACAGUGCAAAUGUAAAAUAAAGAGAAACUGUUCUUUAACACUGUAUGUAGAUGUGGAUUUCAAGCAGGUGGUUCACUUCUCCCUGAAUAUAAGGAAACCAAGAACAACAGGUUGCUGCAGCCAGUGGUCUUUUUGCACACAGCGACAUUUCAGACAUCUGUAUCUGUUAUUAUUUCUAAUUCUAAACAAAGGUUCUGCUGUGCAGUGGAGAGAGUGCUAGAAUAUCACAUCAUUAUGGAGUCUAGAAUCAGAACUGCAGAACUGCCGAGUGGAAAAAAAAAACCCACCACAGAAUUCUUCAUGUCAAGUUAUUUAACAUUGUGUGGACAAUCAGCAAGAAGCUUAGUUUCAUUUCAUUUUCAAGAAGACCCACUUGAGUUUAGAACAUAAAGAGCAUCACAUUUGUCAAGUGACAACAUGACUUCAAAUUAUCGGGAUCAAGUUCAGUUUCCUACUUCUGAAGAAGAGGAGACCACCUCCUCAUCUCCCUCUUCUUCAGGUGAUGAGGCCCAAGUCGUCCUGGGCGUCCUCUCCUCCCCGUCCUCUGACUACCUGGUGCAGUCUUUUAUCGGAGAGGGUGUCUUUGGAAAAGUGGCCAAGUGUUUGAAGGCCGCCACCAAGGAGACGGUGGCUGUGAAGAUAAUCAUGAACAGCAACUUCGCACCUCAGGCAAAGAACGAGGUGGCCAUCCUUGAAGAACUGAGGGCUUUUGAUUCAGACAGAUUCAACUUUGUCAGAUGCAACAAUGCUUUUGUCGACAGAGAGCACAUUUGUAUUGAGUUUGAAAUGCUGGACAUGAGUCUGAUGGAUUUCCUGGCAAAUAAACCUUCCCACUCUCUCACUGUGAAGGAAAUCCGUCCAAUCCUGCAUCAGAUGGCCACUGCACUACAACUCCUGAGGAGCCUUGGAGUUGUGCAUACAGACCUCAAGCUAGACAACAUCAUGAUGGUGGACCAUGUAAACCAGCCGCUCAAGAUUAAAAUGAUUGACUUUGGCUUGGCCCGACAUGUCUCACAGACAGAGUGGGGCUCAUACAUGCAGCCGCUCUACUACAGGUCUCCAGAGGUCAUCCUGGGACUUCCCUUCACAGCAGCCAUUGACAUGUGGUCUCUGGGCUGCAUUGCUGCUGAGCUGUUCCUGGGCCAUGCACUUUACCCGGGAAGUUGCGAAUAUGACAUGCUGCGACAUAUUGUGAGGACACAGGGUCAGCUGCCGCAGCAACUUCUCAACAGAGGAGUCAAAACCAGGUGCUUUUUCAGGAGAAACAGGUGUCGUGAACGUCGAUGGAGAUUAAAGACGGCUCUAGAAUAUGGACAAGUCACCUGCACCAAGAGCUAUUUCAAGUCCCUGGAUGACCUGAAGAAGAUCAGACCAGCGUGUCAUCUAUCAAAUGAGGACACCAUGGCAGAAAUCAAAGACCGGGACAACUUUAUGGAUUUGCUGAAGAAAAUGCUUUAUCUGGACGUAGAUAAACGGAUACUACCAAGCCAUCUAAUUGAGGAUCCAUUCAUCACCAUGAGUGAUCUUGCAGAGAGUUACCCCAACAGCUUCUAUGUGAAAACAUGCUGUGAAGUGAUGGAAGUCUGUCGGGAUCAGAAUCUUAGAUCUUAUAACAGGGGCUCUGAGGUUCAGUUAGUCCAGCAGCCGUUGGCUAAACCUGCAGGCCUCCACCAGCACCGCCUGCACUACCAGCCUGGAGCAGCAUAGCGUCUUCCG